AUUUGUUUAAUAUAUAUUAAAUCGUGGUAAAAAAAUUCAAGUGUUACUAAGUAAAGAGAUAAUGAAGAUGCGCAUUUUGUUUAAACUGGAUUUUGAUGGAUAGUUUUCUUUGGAUCUACUUUUCAGUAGGCUAAUAAGUUUGAGAGAAAACAUAAUAUAAGUGACCUUUACGUUCAGGUUUAGGAAAAUACAAUAAAACAGUACAUGUGUAUAGGAAAAAUGAAUUUGAAUUACUGAAUAAUAUAGAUAUGAUUGAUUCAUGUUGGACUAUUUAGAAUAUGAUUGAAUAAUAGAAAUGGAAGAAACGAUACUUUGUUUUGUCGAAGCCCGCACAAAGUCUGCCAGGCACGUACCUCCUGAACUACUACAGCGACGAGAAUUGUAAACGCGUGCGGGGAUCAAUCGACCUCGAACAGUGUGCGGAAAUUAUCGAGCAUCUCGACUCCGACCAGUUUCAAUACCUGCUCGCGAUAAAGACGACCCAUAAGAGUAAGGAGCGGACGUAUUUUCUGGCAACUGAAACGGAGGAGCAAAUGUCGACGUGGGUACAAAACUUGUGCUCUGUCUGUGGAAUGAAACCAGAUGAGACAGAAGCAGAAAGUCCAAAGUCGCCACAUCGUGAAAAUCUCCCGUCUCGUUCUGUACAGUCGGUACAGCCUCAGUCUGGUAUUCCCGCCUCAGCUGUUGGAAUCAUGACAAAACCGCAGACCUUAAGCUCCACUGUUCCAGCUGUGCGAUCAUCGCCAUCGACACGCACCGUAACAACGUCUGUGUCAAAAAAUGUGAAACCAAAAUCUUCUGUGAAGCCUGCAAACCAACUAGAGGAGUACAUUCCCCUUGAAUCUUGCACUUCAGGCAAUAAGCCAAAACAGACAUUCAGACAGGAAAGUCUUAAUAGUGUGCCUGACGAAAUUGCUCCCCCUCCCCCUGGUUAUUCAUCAAAUCUUGACAAUGAUGUGUUCAGGGCGACGUAUGAUAUUCCUCCUAGACCUAGUAGUCUCGAGUCUGAAGAUUUAUACAAAGUUCCUCCAACUCGGCCACUUACAUCUAGUUUGGAACCGUACGAUAUUCCACCUCCAAGCAAAAGUAGCCCUAGUACACCACGUUCCUCUAGUAGUGAAAGCCAAAAAAUGGAUUCACAUUCGCAUACUUCACAAACUUACGACGUCCCGCCAAUGCGUGGGGAUGACGAACUAACCACUGAUGAUUUAUAUGACGUCCCACCCAGUCACAACCAAAAUAUUUCGCUGCACACCGUACCACCCAGUCGCCCACCAAAACCGGGACAUUUACAGCCUCCAGCCUGUAAUCAAGAGGCAUACAUGAAUAUUCCUACUAACAGUAAGGUAUUUACAGAAAAAUCAAAAGGCAAAAGUGUGGAUAUAAACUCUGUGGUUGCCCCUCCUCCUCAUUCGGGAAUGGUGCUUCCUACUUCGGAAAUGGCCAAUGUUGAUCUCAGCGAGAUGUACGAUUUCCCAAAGUCUUUAGACAAUCCUAGUGUUUCAAAUCUCUCAAAUGGUGAUUCCACGGAUAAACUCUUAAUGUCUACGCCACCUCCUCCGAGUGUUUGCAAUGCAGGCAUUGUGGAACAUAGAUACAUUAAUGCCCACAAGGGUGUUGUGGAACAACCAAGUGACAUGUACCUUCCAAUGGAUACUGUGCCAACUGGCCCUGUAUCGAAAGCUCGUAAAUCAAGCAGUACAGACAAUGAGGUAGAAUAUACUGAUAUGUCUGGUAAAAGUUCGUUUGAUGACUCUUUUGAGGGUCGACAGUCAAUAUAUGAUCAUCCUCCCCCGUCACGGCCUGCCAUACCUCCUCCAAGACCUGAUAAACCAACGGGAGCCCUCGGCGAAAAGCACGACACCUACUCAAUAUUCAGCACAGCACGCACCAGAAGUUUCAAAAAGAAAAAUGAAGAAUCACCGAGAGUCAAAAGAAAAAGCCCAUCAAAUGCGAGGCCAAAUCUCGUGAAUACAAACGUGCCACUACCACAGCGUGUGGAUCGACAUCCUGACUUCUCAACCAGUGAUGAGGAUGAUGAGGACAUGGGAUCACCGGAUGUAUGGGAGAACAUUCCACCUGCACCCGCCAACAAAGACACAGAGCUGAAAUAUGUCGACCUUGACCACGACGACGCGUCUGACAAGGAGCCGGUACGCUCUCCACACGCCACCACAGCACCGCCUGCACAUACAGAAUACCACGAGAUUGACUUUGUGAGGACUGAUGCCAUUCGAACAUUGAAAGAAACUGUUACGGAAGAGAGAAAACUUGAAAAGAUUAAUACUUAAUAGUUUUCAUGCCGACAGGUUGAUUGUGUUAUGUACGGUAUACUGAGUAGUCAUAUUUGUGAUUUUUGUCACAAUUUAAGCUGCUUUCACAUGAAGGAAUUUUGCCAGGUGAAAUAAAUUGUAUUAUUAUAGAUUAUACAUAGAUGGAUUUGUUUUCAAGAAUUGAAAAAAGGAAUGUAUGGUGUGAUAUUUAACGAAGGACCAUAAAGUCAAGAGUUUUGAUGUCAAUGUGUCAGAUUUAGCAUAAUAUAGACUCGAUGUUAAAUGAUACAUUUGUGAGUGUAAAAGACCCAUUUCCUCAGUCGUGGGAAAGAUGUAACUUAAGAUGUUUUGCUACUCAUGAUUAAAGGUGUCUGUGAAGCUUUAUGUGAUAACUAAAUGCAGGGUGUCAAUAACUUGCUACCAUAACUUGUGUUAACAUUUGUUUUUUUUUCAAUUUUGAAGAUCAACUAACAGUACACUGCAGCUGGGUUAUGUAAUCAAGGUACUUAAAUUUUCAAAUGCUAAUAUGCUAGGAUAGGUGAUAUACUGAAGAAAAAUUGUGAGAAAAUCAAGUGAGUUUUUUUUUCGUUUUCAAAAUAUGAAUUUCAAGAUCUUAAAUUUAAUUCAUCCAAAGCGAGGGCGAAUUUUUUUUGGUCAAAAACUUGAUAUUAUUUUAAGUAAGCAGGCAAUCAUCUUAAUAAUCUUCUGUAUAACUAGAUGUACAAUAUUCAGUAACAUUUUGUAACUUUGUCACCUGCAUUGCAUGGCCGAUACAUAGAAAUCAUGUUUACUCACGGUGGUGUUAUUUACUGUGGCAUCACUCCUUCAUGUCCACUCUUUAAUUUAAGCUGCAUAGCAAAGCAGUCAAAUAAGAAUCAUGUUUUCUUACGGUGGCAUUGCUAUUGAAUGAAGCAUCAUACUUUUUCAUGUUCGCAUUAAAGUGACACUCGUAUUUAAAAUUAAUACAAGCACAUGUAUAACAAACAUAAAUUUUGAGUGAUUAACCUUUAACUACAUACUAAGUAAUGCAUUAAUGGAAAAUAUUAAUAACUGAUAACAAUAUUGUAACCGUGUAUUUAAUAAUGAAAACUCACAAAUAUAAAAUCUAAUUGGGUACUAAAAGAUUAGCAGUGAUCAACUAUUGUCUCAUAAGGUAGAAAUACCAUGUUUUCUGCAUUUUUCUUCAAAUUUAAAAAGAGUAUCCUUCAUAAGAACCAUUGUUUUUGAUAUGUUUUCAACCUUUUAGGUAAAUUAAAACAUUGUAUUAAUUCUUGUACGUCUUAUUUGGGAGUAAGAGUGCAUCUUUAAUAUUUAGGAAUAUCAAUUAAAUAAACUUGUAUGUUUUCUAAUUGAUUUCGGAUCUGAAGAAGCAUGUUAUUAGACCAACCGAUGAAGCAAUUGGCAUUCUACUGAUCAGCAGUGAAUUGUGUUAAACUGGUUAAGUCUUUGGUUUGAUUAAAGUUGGCCAAAAUAUUUGUUGAUUGGUCAAUAUUUAUUCAAAAAUCAAUAUUAACCAAUCAAAUCAUUUAAAUGUGCAAACUAGCCUUAAGAUAACCUGUUGACAACUUAUCCAAGUUUUAUACAACUAGCUGCAGUAAUGAUGUAAAUAUUACAUCAAGAGAUAUAAAAUAAAAUGCCAACAAUAGAUCAUAUGAUAGGAUAUUUUAUUGAGGCACAAAAAUGAAUUUUAUUCACAGAGCUUGUUGUUUCCUAAGUUGUAGCCUUUCUUUAAAAGGAUUUUGUUUAGAGUAUUGCCUAUACCAACACUUCUUUCAUGUGUCCUUCCUUCCCUGUAAAUGUUAUGUUAUGGAUAGAUGUGGUGCAACAAGAAAAAGCCAUACUUCCAGGAUUCGUAAGAUUAUUUUGUUGUUUGUGUAUAUUUUGAUAAAAAGGCAAGCAUCUUUGAUUCCAAAUUAUGUAUUGAAUCUGUAGAUAUAUAUUAUCCUUGAUUGUGUUUUUCAUGUUAGUAAUUUUUAGCUUGUCUAAGAAAAAAAGUUGAGGCAUUUUCAUAACCUUGGUGACCUCGUCAUUUGUGUUGUUGUGCAAAUACUUAAACAUCGGCCAUUACUCAAAAAACAUUCAAGAUAUUCAUAUGGAACUUGGUACACAUGUUGCCAGAGAUAAUUAGAGCAUGUAUACUAAGGCCCAUUACUCUGCCUUAUUGAAUAUUGAGUUAUGUCCUUCGUUUAUAUAAAAAACCAAAAAACAGACUAGCGUUGGUGUUUGCUCUGGGGUGCUCUUGAUAAUGAUCUAAUUUAAUUUAUUGAAAAGUAAUACUUCAUUAUAUGUAUAAUGAACAGAGACUGUCAGAUGUUGGUUUAACAUUUACCACUUAGUACUUAAUUAUUAUCUUUUCAUUCAAGAUAUUUGAAAUGGAUGGAACUUGGUACACAUGUUUCUAGAGACAAAUCCACACAGCAAGGCAGAUAACUCUUCAUAAUUGUUGAGUUAUACUCCCUUUUCAUUUAAUACAACGGACAUGCGUUCCCUCUGCAGCGCUUAGACUUGUUCAUUUCAUUUUAAGCCUGUCAGAGACUAGAUAGAAUACACAGUUAUAUUAGGGCAUAUUUAUUCAAUAACUUAUGUUUCAUUCUGGUCGUAGUUUAAAUAUUAUUAUGAGUUGAAAUAGUUAAUUUUAUUCAUUUUUUGUAGACUAUGGAGUCAAGCUCCAAAAUAGUAUGUUCAAACCUUUUUAUACCUUGUUUGCUCAAUUUGACUUACAGAACAAGACUUUAGAAUAGCAGAUGUUAAAAUGAUUUUAAUUCAUUGCAUAAUAAAGUUGGUUUUAAAAAUACUUGUUAUCUGGGAGCCAUUUCAUUAAGAAUGUGCAGUUUUGUACUGUGACGUUGAAGGUCGCUGUAAUGUGACGUUGAAGGUCGCUGCACUGUGACGUUGAAGUUCGCUGUACUGUGACGUUGAAGGUCGCUGUAGGGUGACGUUGAAGGUCGCUGUACUGUGACGUUGAAGGUCGCUGAACUGUGACGUUGAAGGUCGCUGUAUUGUGACAUUGAAGGUCGCUGUAUUGUGACGUUGAAGGUCGCUCCUUGAACUCCAAGCAGUGUUACUGCCCUUACUGAACAGUUAUCACUGCCACCAUGCAAAUCACAUGACUUUGAAUAGAUAUCACAGGAUACAAGGAUUAAGAUUGUAAAUUUUGAAAGUUAUUGCAUAUUUCAACCCCCAUUCACCUUAAAUAAUUGAAAUGUUAUAAAAACUAUAUACCCAAAAUUUAUAAAAGAUAUCAUACAGUAUAGCUGAAAUCCAUAUAUACUCUCUCGUGGUGGCAGAGAUCUAUUCUGCUUCUCAGGGGAAACCACUCCAUAGGAGAUUGGUAUCUCCUAAUUACAAGACCGCUCCUAGGAAUCUUAAUGAAAUGGUCCCGUGAAGUUAAGGGUAAUGUAUAUGCAUAGAAAAUAGGGAGUUUUAGUGAUAGUUUAUUUUAUCUAACUGCAACAGAGUUGGUAACAUUAAUAUGUUGAUUUUAUGUAAAUUUAAAUUUUUAACCAUUUUCUUUUAUUUUCCCUGAUUUAUUUGUUUUUAUUGAAAGAUAAUGUUUAACAAUCUUUUAAUGCUUUAAAUAGUGUGUAUUUUAUGUUAAUAAAUAAUUUUGUUAAUUAAACCUGGUAUUGUUCAGAUAAUUUUAUGGCAUGGAUACGUGAUUAUUUCAUUGUCAUAAUUAUGAUUGAGGAUGUUAAAAUCGUAUUUCUACGCAUUGAAUAUUAUCUAACUGGUCCUCAACAAUAAUUAUUCAGUGUGUUUUUAUGUAAUAUGUAAGAUUGUGCUGUAAAUUGGAACUACAAUCACUUCAUAUACCUGUUUGUCAUACUUAAUCUAGAAAAAAAUGCAUGUAUCUGAAUUGAAAAUAAAAUCAAAUCAUGGCUGCUACUAACAAAUCUGAUAAUUGAUUCAACUUGUAGAUUUAUUAAUUAUUUAAUUAAUAUUCAAUAAUUAUGUUGUUGUUUUUUUCAUUUGACUGAAUUUAGUAAAGCUGAUGAAGUGAUUUUAAGUUUACUGUGACUUAGAUCAUAUUUUAACAAUGUUUAUUUGAUAUGUAUGUCAGUUUGACAAAUUCAUUUUAAAGCUAUCUAAGCUGUUGAAUUCUAAGCCAAAAAAAUCUAAUUUGUAUAUGUUUAUAUGAUUUUACCGGUAUUUAUACUGCGGUAUUUUAUCUUUGAUGUGCCAAUUUUUCUGUCAAAAUGAAAUGUAUUCAAUCAAUGUACAAGAUGCUGUAAAAUUAGUUAGGCUUUUAUUAAUUGGGUUCGGGUGGUGAAAAUGAAUGCGGUGUUCUACGUACUUCAGUAUUUAUUGACGCUUAUUAUUGUUUUCAUUUUACUGGAUUUGUAGAAACGGUUGAGGAUUUUAUCACUCUGACCAAUUUUGAUUGACUGUUUUGUUACCAUGGAAAUGCUACCAGUAAUUGUUAUACUUGUAGAUACAUGUAUGUGAAACAGUUUUGAAAUUUCCUUGGCUUGCAAGAUUUGUACUUUUUAUAUCGCCUGAAACAGAUAUUUGAUUCAUUUUAUGGUAACAUGCAACCUUGUUCAAUACCAAUUACAGAGACAAAACAAUGUUUUUCUUUUCUGUUUGAAUAACAUGGUGUGCUUUAAAGACAUUGAAGAUUUUAUUGCUCACAGAUAAACCUAUCCAGCUAAAUAUGUGUGAGGAUUGAGUGCAUUGUUUAAAUGUGAACAUUGCAUUACCUUGUUGACUGAAAAUGAGUCUUAAUACCUAUAUUCAAACUUGGAUUUGCGACUUAAUUCCUUGGCUACUAAUAUUACUUGGUUGCAAGCUUAAUUCCUUGGUCACUGACUUAAUUCUUUGAUUUCCAACAUAAUUCCUUGGUCACCAACUUUAUUUCUUGGUUACUGACUUUAUUCCUUGGUUUCUGACAUAACUCCUUGGUUGCCAACUUAAUUGCUUGGUUACUGGCCUUAUUCUUGGUUACUGACAUAAUUCCUUGGUAGCCAACUUUAUUGCUUGGUUACUGGCCUUAUUCUUGGUUACUGACAUAAUUCCUUGGUUGCCAACUUUAUUGCUUGGUUACUGGCCUUAUUCUUGGUUUCUGACAUAAUUCCUUGGUUGCCAACUUUAUUGCUUGGUUACUGGCCUUAUUCUUGGUUACUGACAUAAUUCAUUGGUUGCCAACUUUAUUGCUUGGUUACUGGCCUUAUUCUUGGUUACUGACAUAAUUCAUUGGUUGCCAACUUUAUUGCUUGGUUACUGGCCUUAUUCUUGGUUACUGACAUAAUUCAUUGGUUGCCAACUUUAUUGCUUGGUUACUGGCCUUAUUCUUGGUUACUGACAUAAUUCAUUGGUUGCCAACUUUAUUGCUUGGUUACUGGCCUUAUUCUUGGUUACUGACAUAGUUCCUUGGUAAGCAACAUUAUUCCUUACUGAUACUGAGUUAAUUCAUUGGUUACUGACUUUAUUCCUUUGUAACUGAUAAAAUUUCUUGGUUAGUGACUUUAUUGCUUGGUUACCAACGUAAUUCAUCUGUUACUGACUUGAUUCCUUGGUUACUGAAGUAAUUUCUUGGUUAGUGACUUUAUUGCUUAGUUACUGACUAAUUCAUCGGUUACUGACUUUAUUCCUUGGUCACUGACAUUAUUCCCUAGUUACCAACAUCAUUCCUUGUUUAUUGACUUUAUUCUUUGGUUACCAACACAAUUCCUUGGUUACAGACUUUACUUCUUGGUUAAUGACUUGACUCCUUGGUUACCAACAUAAUAUCUUGGUUUCUGACUUUUUCCUUGGUAACUGAUAUAAUUUCUUCAGGAUUCCUUAUGCUAAUAAGUCAGAAUAUCCACAGUACAUCAAGUUUGUGCCAUUACAAUGACUGUUCUCUAUAUUUUUGGGAAGUUUUAAGAUUUAAUAUUUAUUUAAAACUUACACUCUUGAUACCUAUUGAUAUAAAUUAAUGUAAUAGGACAAAUGAUGUAUAUUUUGUUGAUAAGUUUGUACAAUAAGCUUCCUUGAUUUUAAUCUUUAUUUCAGCAAAAACUUCAGCAAAAUGUCAUUAAUUUUAAACUAAAAAUAAUCUUGACAAUUAAUGCCAAACAAGCGUGGUUCAUUUUAAAUUAAAAUUGAGUUGUUGGGUAUUUUUACACAAAUUUAGAAAAUGCAUUGGUGUGAACUUAAUAACCCUGCCAUCUUCUAUUGAAACAGGGUUAAUGAUUAAAUUGUAUUGUAUAGUAUUUCAACACCAUUCUUGGCGCUGAAACUUGAUAUUUGUUUGCUGAAAUUAAAUUAAUAUGAAGUCUCAUUUCCAUUUAAGAGGCUGAUGAGUUUACCAAACAAGUAUAGAAAUAAAUGUACUUAAUUCUUACACACUAAAGAGGCAUGUGCAUUUUUACCUGUAUAGAAAAAAGAUCUUGACUAAGGUAGCCGACCCACAAAUGUUCGAAUUUUGGAUUCCAGGAUACUCUAUAUUAAUUUUGUAUCAUAAUGGAAGGGAUUUGAGUGUAGAAAAAGUAAAUGUUGACACUUUAUGUAAAACAAUAGAACAGACCAGUCUUGUUGGCGUUCAAAGAUUGCAAACUAUGUUAUUUAUCACCACUUGCAGUUAGAAUAAAAGCAAAUAUACAAACUGUAAUAACUUUAAAGUAGAUUUGCUUUUGGUCAUUUAUUUUACAUAUAAGUAAUCACCAACCAAGUACCUUCCAUAACUAUGGUGUCACCAGACAUUUAAAAUUAACUAGUGUUUAAUGUUAAUGAAGCUAUUAGAGAACUUGUUUAUUUCUGGAUGGGAUUCCUUAAUGUUUUGUUGGUUUUAUGAUUUUUUUGUGUGUUUUAUUUAACAUUUUUUACACCUGUAUAGAGCAAUAAAGUGUUUUGUUAACAUUUUUCUUUAUUUGAAAUACCUUUUUCAUACUAUUUGUAUUUUUAUGUUUUUAAGGAAAUGAUAAAUACUUAAUAAAUUUGUAAAAUAAUAAUGUAAUAUAUAAUGAAAAGAUUGUAAACAUUGUUAUGCUUUUUAAAACUGUUAUAUAUAUUUAGCUUUUAUCGAUUAUACAAUUUCAUUUUAAUAAAUGAUAUUCUUUUUAUGAAGGAA